CCUUUUUCCUCCCUCCCUCCAUCCCUCUCCUUGGUUUGGUUUGGAGGUAACCGCGUCCUCCCUUGUCCUUUCCCACCGCCUCCUCUGUCCACAUCGCCUCUUCUCGCCGGCAGCCGCCGGCCCCGCCUCAUCCUCCUCUCCGCCCGCCCGAGCGCCGUUCCCCCAUCCCGUGAAGAGGAGAGGAGAGGAGAGGAGAGGAAGACAAGAGUGAGUCUCGCCGUUCUCCUAUUCCGAUUCCCCCUUGUGCUUUGCUUUGCUUGCCAGAAGAACAAGGGCGAAUCGGAUCCGAAAGAAAGAAAGCCUCCUCCUUCUCCCCGCCCGCCCGUCCGUCCGUCCGCCCGCGGAUAGAUCUCUUCAUAAAUAAAUAUACAACCUUCUUAGCCUGCCCCCUCCCUGUUACCUACCUCGUCGAUCGAUCGGCGUACCUUUGUUGCACGACGCGAUUGGAUUGGAUUGGAUUCGAUUGGAUUUCGGCCAUGUAUGAUAACUACAGAAAUCCUCAUCCUCCCGGGAUGCAGAUGCCCCCACCAAACCCUCAGCCUGGUCCCUAUGACAACCCAUUGUAUGGCGCAAGCUCGGGUCUGAUUAAAACUGGGUUAGGAGUAUAUGGGGAGAAGUUCUUCGGCUCCAGUUCAGAAUUCAUGCAGAGCAAUAUCAGUAGAUACUUCUCCAACCCACAGUACUACUUCCAUGUGAAUGAUCAGUAUGUCAGGAACAAGUUGAAAGUCAUACUGUUCCCGUUCCUUCACAGGGGGCACUGGACUCGGAUAAGUGAGCCUGUUGGUGGCCGUUUGUCAUACAAACCUCCAAUGUACGACAUAAAUGCGCCAGAUCUGUACAUCCCUUUCAUGGCGUUCGGUACCUUCAUUAUUCUCGCAGGCUUCACACUAGGCUUCAUGGGGAAGUUCACUCCAGAAGCCAUAAACCUUCAGUUCACAAGAGGGCUGAUCGGAUGGGGCCUACAGAUUGUCUUCUUAAAAGGCCUCCUCUACUCGAUGGGCGGUGGCGAGGUGCCGCUGCUCGACCUGGUAGCCUACAGCGGGUACCUGUUUGCGGGGCUCUCCCUGGCCAUCGUCGCCCGGCUCCUGUGGGCCUACUCAUACUACGUGAUGAUGCCGUGGAUGAGCCUGUGCAUGGGGAUCUUCCUGGUGAGGACGAUGAAGCGGGUCAUCUUCACGGAGAUGCGGGGCAGCGAGAGGCACUCGACGCGGCAGCACUACUUCCUGCUCUUCAUGGCCAUCGUGCAGUUCCCCCUCUUCUUCUGGCUCGGCAGCAUAGGCGCAUGAGAUAGUCUUGUCUGUAAUCUUGGCACUAGAAAAAAAGCAGCCACCUGUGAAGCUUAGGCGCAUUCAGUAUAGCACAUCCAGUAGCUUGUGCAGGCUCUCUGAGCAUCAUCACAUAUGUUUUGUUGACAGGGUUUUUGUGUUUGGUUUUGUAUAAAGUUGUGAAUUUUGCAGUUGGGCACCAUCUGUAGGAUGUUUGUUGGAAUAGUCUCAAGUAUAUUUAUAUUUAUACUUAUUGUUUAUGUUAUAUAUGUUUCUUUGUA